AUGGCACCCGGCGCUUUGAUCGACGAGCCCGCCCUCGCUCCUUUGCCCCAGGUGAAGAAUGCCGAGGCUCCCCGGUCCAUCUUCCCAGACGGCAUUCGAACCUCUGGCCAGCAUCCCCCGCUGUACGACCGCCUAAGGCCGUACUCGGAGUUCCCGCAGGAGAUUUCGGGCCCGACGCUGUGGAAGCAGGAGGACUAUGUCGACCAGCCCGAUAAAUGGACUCAUCCUUUCACGGAUGAGGAGAUCCAGGAAUUGAGCGAUACCGCAGACCGGUUCAUUGCCAGUGGCACUCCGCUUACCGGCAUCUCCAAGCACAACUUCCCUCUCCCCAUACUGAGCAAGUCGCUGGCCGCCCUCCGCGAAGAUCUCAUCGACGGCAAGGGCUUCAUCCUCUUCAAGCGCUUCCCCGCGACGGCGUGGGGACCCCACAAGAACGCCGUGGCCUACAUGGGCCUGGGCACAUAUCUGGGGUACUUUGUGUCGCAGAACGGCCUCGGCCACGUCCUCGGCCACGUCAAGGACGUGGGCGACGACGCGACGCAGAUCGACAAGGUGCGCAUCUACCGCACCACGGCGCGGCAGUUCUUCCACGCCGACGACGGCGACAUCGUCGGGCUGCUCUGCGUGCACCGCGCGCUGGAGGGCGGCGAGAGCGACAUCGUCAGCAUCCACAAUGUGUGGAACCAUCUCCAGCGCGAGAACCCCGACGUGGCCGAGCUGCUCACCCAGCCCGUCUGGUACUUUGACCGCAAGGGCGAGGUGUCGGACGGCGAGGAGCCGUGGGUGCGCCAGCCCGUCUUCUACCUGGAGAACGGCGGCAAGGGCCGCGUCUACUGCAAGUGGGAUCCCUACUUUGUGCGCUCCCUGACGCGCUUCUCCGACAAGGGCCUCGUGCCUCCGUUGAGCGAUGCCCAAAAGCACGCCAUGACCGUCUUGGAGGAGACGUGCCAGAAGUUGGCCCUACACAUGAUCCUCGAGGUCGGCGACAUCCAGUUCGUCAGCAACGCGCAUCUCCUCCACGCGCGGACGGCGUAUGUCGACCACAACCCGCCCACCCCUCGCCGGCAUCUGCUCCGUCUGUGGCUAUCGACCCCGGAAAGCGAGGGCGGCUGGGCGUUGCCGAUGCCCGACAGCCACGAGAAGAAGCGUGGAGGAAUCCAAGUAAACAACACGGCGCCCAGAUGCCCUCUGGAUGCGGAAUAG